GAAACAAUAAUUCAGAGUAUUAGAAAGUGACGACUGAAUUCUAUCAUAGCAUAUCGGCUCGUUCUGCUUCUUUCCAGUUUAUUUCAAAUUUACUAAAUCACAUGACAACCGACAGAUAAUUGAGUUCUUACCUGCUGUCAGAUAUCUGGCGAGAUAGUGAAAAGUAAAUAGAUAAAAUUAUUGGUUCCGUAUUAUCGCUGAAACGCGAUAAUAUUCUCACACUAAGUUCUAUAAAACUUUCAAAAUUAGUAAAUACGAGAAAAUGGAAGACGCUCCUCUAUAUAAUGAGAAACAAUCAAUACGAGAGAAGGCGAAAUCAUUGAAAAAGUAUGGCAGUACGUGUAAUCAUUUUAAACGACCUGAAUUGCUGUUAAAGUAUUUUAUCACCAAAACUGAUACGUUACAAGGGAUUGCUUUGAAAUAUGGAGUCACUACGGAACAAAUUAGGAGAGCAAACAGGGGCAUGUUUUGCAUCAGAUAG